AUGGCCCUAAAAUUUGCUGCAAAUUUAAAUUUUCUAUUUACGGAGAAGGCCUCUAGCAUUGUCGAAAGAAUUUGUUUGGCUCAUCAGCAUGGAUUUCGAGCUGUGGAAUUGACGUGUCCAGAAGAUGAAACAAAAAGGCAAAAAGUGUUGGCCACAAUUGAGGAUACUGGUAUUGCAGUUAGUCUGGUGAAUCUGGCUACGGAUCGAACAAAGGAUGAACUAAAAUGGGGCUCAACUGGCAUUCCAGGAGCAGAGAAACUAUUUCAACAGCAAUUGAAAUCAACCAUAGAAUUUGCCAAAGCUGCAAAGUGUCAAAAAAUACAUCUUAUGUCAGGUCUACUUACAGAUAAUGAAAUUGAAUGUGAUUACAAUAGAACCUAUUUGGCCAAUUUGAAGUUGGCUGCCGAUAAAUUAAGAUCGUCCAAUAUGAUUGGCCUUGUAGAGCCAAUAAAUCCAUAUUAUGUACCUAAAUACUAUAUGGAUUCCUAUGUGAAGGCCAGAGAAAUGCUAGAAUCGGUUCAAUGUGAUAAUAUUAAGCUAUUGGUCGAUCUAUAUCAUUUGCAGUCCCUAAAAGGCAAUGUGACACGUAGUCUCGAGGAGUAUGGCAAACAAAUAGGACAUUUUCAAAUCGCUCAAGUUCCGAAUCGUAAUGAGCCAGACACGACGGGUGAACUUGAUUAUGCAUAUAUAUUUCAAAUAAUACAAGAAUUUGGCUAUACAGAUUGGAUUGGCUGUGAAUAUAAGCCAAAGACAACAACAGUUGAGGGUUUAAAUUGGUUGCAAAAGUUUGGUUUUAAGCUGUGAUCAAAUAAAAGUAUAUAUGAAAGUUUGAAAAA